GUGCGUCCUGCGGCCACAGGGCUGCUUAUUGUUUUUAGUUUGAAGACAGUGACAAUAUCCUGGUUUUCCUACCCUACACUUUGGGUUCCGAAGUGACUUUUAUCUAAGAAUUACUGCAUAAUGCCAGAUACAAGCAGCAUCUGAAGAAAAUUUGCAGCAGUUCCAAGAGGAGCAUUUUGCUUCCAUAAGACACAUGGAACUCAGAAUUAAAGACUUGGGAUCUGAACUCUCCAAGAGGAAAUCUUUUGAAGAUUCUAAUAAAGCAGAGUUGGAAAAAUAUAAGCAACACUACCUAGAGAAACUAAAAGUUAGAAAGUCAUUGGAAAAGAAACUAGACAAGACUAAUGAGAGGCUGGAAGAGAUCAGCACCAAACUUGAGGUGGAGAAACAGCAGAACAAAUCUUUACUCAGCACUCCUAGCAGCACGCCAGUCCUGGAGCCCUCUUCUGUUGGAAAUUUCAAUCCUACUUCAGGACUCAAUGCAAAUCUCAUUUCAAGAGCAAUUGUAGGGUUUUCUACCUCAAUUCCACACCGUUCAAAUGACAGCGUGGAGACUUACUUGACCAAGGUUAACUUCGAGGAAUUUAAGGACGGUUUCAUGGCUGUGUUGUCAUCACAGGCUGGUCUUGCCUCCUCAGAUGAAGACAGUGGGCCUUUGGAGUCAGAGUCUCAAGUCUGAUGAAGAAGCCGACAGCGCAAAGGAGCCUCAGAAUGAAUUCUCUGAAGUCCAAGG